AUGGAGGCCGUCUCGCUGGCAGCAAAUAUCAUUCAAUUCAUCGUUUUCGCCAAGGAAUGCUACGUCAUAAUUGGAGAAAUCCGAGCAUCAACAAAGGGCCUGACGAAGAAGGAUGAAGAGUCACUCAACUCGACGUCUCGGGGUGAAGAAAUACUUGGAUUAAUUUCGGCCGGCAUGAGCUCCUUGGAGGGCGAGCUGACAACAACUGAACAGCAGAUACGCGAUAUCGCUGGAAGGUGUCAGGGAAUGGCAAGCGACCUACGAGAAGACAUCGCGAGUGGAUCCGUCAAAGACCGCUCCAACUUGUUGGAAUUGGCAUCGACCCUUGUCAAGAGAAAACGUAAGAGGGACGAGGUAGACAGGAAGCUAGCCGAGUGGGAAGAGUUAAGGAAGCACCUUUUCCGACUACUCAUCAUCCACAUCAGCCAACAACAAAGCGGUGUGAAGCUCGCCCUUGCGAAACUCGUGGAGCAGACUCGCCAGCUUAGUAUUGCACACUCCAACGAUCUCGAUCAGAUGAAAUCAGACAUCUUGGAUGCGAUUUCAAAGGAAUCAGAGUCUCAAGAAGCUGCACUAGAUGUCAGCACCAAGCUCUUCGAGUGGACAAAAAGAGUCUACUCAUUGAAAAAGGAGCAGGUCAUUCUUCAAAGCCUCCGGUUCGACGAGAUGGUGCAUCGAAGAGAUGGCAUAGUCGAAGCCCAGCCACGCACAUUCGAAUGGGUAGAGAAACCUCAGCUCAGCUUUCUGGAGUGGCUCUCUAAGGACGAUAGUGCACAUCACACCAAGACGCAUCAGAAGCUGGUCCAAUGGGCUGCACCGAACAUUCUUGUCAAGGCUAGCUUCUACUUUUGGUUCUCUGGUACUCCUCUUCAAAAGUCCCAAGAGGGCUUACUGCGAUCCCUGCUGUUCCAGAUCCUUCGGCAGUGCCCUUCUCUGAUACGCACAGUCUGCAAGUCGAGAUGGUCUUCGGAUUUGGGUAUUCCAUGGACGCGUUCUUCUUUCUCACCCGAUGGUCUUGAUGAAUAUCAGGACUAUGCUGGUAGGCGAGGCAGCCAAGAGGGCGGCGUUUCUGCGCACGUCAGAGACAUCAUUGAAGUUAUCAAUUUUCUCGCAAGUCUUCAGGACAUCAAACUCUGUGUCUCACGCAGGCCAUGGCCAGCUUUUGAGAACGCUUUUGGCCAUGCCUCCCACCGAAAGUUGUGCGUUCAUGAUGAGAAUCGCGAGGAUAUCCGUCGCUACAUUCAAGAACAAUUCACGAGUAGCCCAGCCUACCAGAAGUCAUUGAUUUCCACAAAAGACCUUGGAAACCUGUCUAGCUUGAUUGUUCAGGACUCUCGCGGUGCCUUCUCAUGGGUGGCUCUUGUUGUGGAGAGCUUAUUGCAAGGACUGGAAAACCGUGAUCGGGUUGAUGAACUUCGUCAAAGAUUCGAAGAAACCCCCAAGACGCUCCAUGCCAUGUUUGAUCGGAUUCUCGGCUCAGUGGAGGAGAGAUAUCACGAACAGGCUGCUCAAAUACUCCAGGUGGCAUCCCAUGCUCGAGCAACAUUGCCCGUGGCCGUCUAUUCGUUCAUUGGCAAUGGCGAUCUGUCGUUCACAGAUGACCCCAAGCCAUGGGACGAGAAUGAGUGCCUCCACAUAUCAGAGGAUACGGAGAGCCGCCUCAAGGUCCGAUGCCCAGAUCUCAUCAAGAUCAAGGGCACCCCAAGCGCCAUGAAAACAGCUCAGCAGAUGACGGGGCACCAGGUAGAGUUCUUACACCGGACGGUUAAGGACUUUUUAUCAUUGGAGGAGACUCAAAAGAUGUUGCGAGAUCGCAUCAAGGAGCCUUUUGAUCCCAUGGAGUUCACCAGCAAAGCCCUCUUGGCUCACAUCAGGGGGGCUAAAAAUUCUGGACACAAAGCCUGGACACUCAGCGCCCGGGAGAUGUUCCAAUUGCUCGACGAAAUCACCUACUACUUGUCCGAGCUUGAGCAGCUAGCUGGUUCGCAGCUUGAGCAGAAAGCUCACCUGCAGCUUGAACUACUCGACAAGCUUCACGAGACAAUCACAAAGCAGACAGGAAACAGUGAUUUCCUCCUUAAUGGAGAUUCCUUUGUUGGCGUCAUUGCUCAAAGAGACAUGUAUCAUUACGUCCAGAAAAAUCUGCCACGGGCUUUACAUGGUCCAGGAGCGCCACUGCUCAAGAGUGUUCUGUUUCCGCGAUGGCAAAGGCCCCGGAUGCAGGCCGACGGCUUGCCUCACCCCUCGGUCAAAAUGGUGGAGCUACUCCUAAAACCAGGGGACAAAAGACGCGAGCUCUCAAAACAAGAGAAGACAGAGAUCUGGAAACAAUACAUGACGAGGAUAUAUAAAGCACGGGAGGAGCUGAAGAGUAACCCGGAGCUCAAAGAGACACACAUCGAGAUCAUUCGAAUGCUCUUAGAGCACGGCGCCGACCACAAAAUUGAGUGCGUAGUUGGGCGAAAGGACCCAAGACCAACAGUCGCAAAGGCAAGAGGCAUCGGCUAUCUUGACAAGAUGAAGAUUCAGUCGAUCUUGGAGGAAGUGUUUGAACCGGGUGAGAGAAGGCAGGUCGGCACUGAGCAGCGAGAUCGGUCUGAGAUUGCUCGAAACACACAUCUCAACCUCAUAUUUCAACGCCGUGUCGUCAUUUUGUUGUUCCUGAAUCCUUCAGAUGAGGCCGGCCAUGCGCGACUGUGCCGAUUGCGGCAGAAACCUCCCUCGGUCGUCCUACACGGCCAACUAGUACUCCAAGGGUGUCGGUGUAUCGCGAUGUGCGAGUUGCGUCCACGGGCACCCGUCCGAUACUCCAUCUGCACAACAGUCCGACAGUGGCAGAUACAAUAUUUCCAACUCGGGUACUGUUUCAUAUCACGCGCUUCAAAACCCCUUUGCUCAAGGUGCCUUCCGCUGGGUAGCCAAGGGGGUCUACUCUUCAGGCACUCGCAAAGCCAAGCAUGCGUUUUGAAAUGGUUCAAGACGGGCGCAGUCUUUGAAGCAGACUACUUCACCCUAGACAUCAAAGCCGUCGACAAGGCCUUGGAUAUUGUCAACAGAUUUAACGAAUUAAACAUGAUCGACAAAGACAUCAAGAUCAAUGUACCUGGCGUUUGGCAAUUCAGCGACGAUAGUGACGACGAAUGGGCUGGCCAAAAGCAUUUGUGUGAACCCUUUAUCCAAAACUACCAAAAGUUCAACAGCAACAGUGGAUGGAAUGACGACUCGAGGGCUUGGGGGGAGGUCAUGCAAGCCCUUAGCCACUUUAGCUACCACGUGUCGGGUGGACAGUUUGUGCUAUGCGAUCUCCAGGGUGGCAUCUACCAGCACGAGAUUGUCCUCUCCGAUCCUGUUAUUCUGUCGCGCAAUCGUGACUACGGCGUCACCGAUCUUGGUUCCGAAGGUAUCAGCUCUUUCUUCAGCCAACACAGCUGCAACAACUACUGUCGGCCACACUGGACGCAACCUUCCAACCCGUAUCAGUACUUCGAGCCUGUCCUCGGGACAACUAUGAGUAGGCAUUCAGUGCCUACUGCAUAUUCCCGAUUCCCGGGAACUAGAUAA